CGACUGAGUUUUUGUGUGAGCGGAGCGGACAUUGCGUUCUUAAUGCCUACCUCAACAACGACCUGCCUGCCGCGUAUGCCUUGCGGUACGCAGACCUCCUUCAGGCAGGACCCGAACGCUCGUGAACGAUGGGCCUCUCUCGAUCAGCGACGUUGUCGGGCAGUGGUCCUACUUCGAGCCAUAUCACCGACGACACCAUCCAAAUUUUUGAUCAAGUGUCCAACGGCAAGGGCUUGCAGCACCGCAGUUGUAGCGGCACCAACACACGUUUGCCGAUACCUACGCGCUGUUGCCUGCCAUCCUCAUAAGAAUUCUUGACAAAUUAUACGCAUGUAGAAGCUAAGAUUAUUAGCAUUCUGCGUGAAUUUUUAAUAUCUGUAUUAAGAAAUUGAGUGUGUAGUGUUGGUGAAGUAUCGGUACUCAACUGACCAUCUGGGAAC